AUGUCCAUAGAGAGCUGGUUAUUUAUUUUUGCUGUCAUCAUCAAUAUUGUGAACUUGUUCACCCAGGUGUUCUUCACUAUCAUGUAUUCCGACUUGGAAAGUGACUACAUCAACCCAAUUGAGUUGUGUCACAAGUUAAACCCAUGGUUCAUCCCCGAAGCUGCUGUACACGGCUUCUUGACCAUUCUUUUCUUGCUCAAUGGCUUCUGGUUUGUUUUCUUGUUGAACUUACCCUUGCUUGCAUUUAACGUCAACAAGUUUAUCAACAAGAAUCACUUGCUUGAUGCCACUGAAAUCUUCAGAACAUUGUCAAGACACAAGAAGGAGUCGUUCAUCAAGUUGGGUUUCCACUUGUUGAUGUUCUUCUUCUAUUUGUACAGAAUGAUCAUGGCCUUGGUGUCGGACGAGUGA